AUGAAGGAGAUGGUGGGAGGCUGCUGUGUCUGUUCUGAUGAGCGGGGCUGGGCGGAGAACCCGCUGGUGUACUGCGACGGGCAUGGCUGCAAUGUGGCGGUGCACCAAGCUUGCUAUGGAAUUGUGCAGGUUCCAACUGGACCCUGGUUCUGUCGGAAAUGUGAAUCUCAGGAAAGAGCCGCCAGGGUGAGAUGUGAACUGUGUCCCCACAAAGAUGGAGCCCUGAAACGGACCGACAACGGAGGGUGGGCCCAUGUCGUCUGUGCUUUGUACAUCCCAGAGGUUCAGUUUGCCAACGUGCUCACCAUGGAGCCCAUUGUCCUGCAGUAUAUACCCCAUGAUCGAUUCAACAAGACCUGCUACAUCUGUGAAGAGCAGGGCAGGGAGAGCAAAGCAGCCUGUGGAGCAUGCAUGGCCUGUAACCGCCAUGGCUGCCGGCAAGCUUUCCAUGUCACCUGUGCCCAGAUGGCUGGCCUCUUAUGUGAAGAAGAAGUCCUAGAAGUCGACAAUGUCAAAUAUUGUGGCUACUGCAAGUACCACUUCAAUAAAAUGAAGACCUCACGACACUCUGGAGGUAGCUCCUUCAUUGCUGGUAGAAGGAGUCGAUCCACAUCCCCUGCUCAAGAGAAGCACGUAUCCCACCAUGAAAGGCCAAAGAAGAGUCGGAAGGACAAAGAAAGACCUAAACAGAAGCACAAAAAACGUCCGGAGUUGCCCAGAAGCCUGACCCCAUCCUUGGUGCCUGUCGCUGCAGAGAAGGGCUCUACCAGCCACCAUGAGGGGAGCAAAGAGACCUCGGAGGUCAGCAGGUCAGAGGUGAAAGGCAGGAAGUCCUCAAGCCAUGGCAGCAGCCACAAGGGGAAAAAGACGGGAAGCGGGAAGAGCUCGGUUGGCUUCAGCUCAGCUUCAUCCAGCGGGACCUUCCAGCCUGCAGGUACCUCCUGCAGCACCUUGCAGUGCUCCCAGGAUUUUGUGACCUUCCCUAAGCUUGAGCAGGACGACGAGAAGUACCAGAAGCCUUUCUCUUCCUCUUCUUCCCACUGCUCCCCUCUGUAUGAAGGCCAGAAGGGGGACAUCUUUGAGCAGAAGGUGAUUUUCUCAGGCUUUGGGUCCAUCAUGCGCUUCUCCACCUCCACAGUGAGCCAGCAAAGAGGCCGUGAUGCCUCCUCUGUGGACUAUAAGGCCUCAAACCCUGUCAGUGGCCCUUCAGUGGGGACCGGUGGGAGCAGCAGUAGCAGCAGCAGCCACAAGCACAUGCUGGCCCUCAGCAUGGAGGAGGGAGAGAUGCUGAAGGAAAAGAAGCAUAAGAGUAGCAAGAAGAACAAGCACGGGCCUGGCAGACCGAAAGGGGGCAAAAGCAAAGAGAUUUUGAGUGCCCAGCUGGCUGGGUCCAUGUCUACGUCCUCAUCACCCUUCUCUGGGGGUUCUCAUGUUAGCUCCAGCAUCGGCAACUCUUCAUGGUCCUUCAGCCACAUAGGGAAUCUGCCCAGCCUCAGCAUGGAGUCCCCACUGCUGGGGUCAGGGAUCUACACCAGUAACAAGGACCCUAUUUCCCACGGGGGUGGAGUGCUCCGAACUGUGUGCAGUACACCCCUCUCCUCCAGCCUCCUGGCACACCAGGGUACCUCGUCUCUCCCACAGCUUAAUCGGUCUCCCUUUGCUAGCACCAUCCCAGCUUCCUCCUCCUCAGUCUCCACCACACAGGUGUUCUCACUGGCAGAUUCAACGUUCAGCCACCCUUCCUCACGUAUUUUUGGAAGUACCCUCGCAUCUGGACUGUCAAUCAACCCACUCUUAAAUCAGUCAGAAAGCAGUCGGGCAGAGCUCGACCUGGAGGACUGCAGUUUCGACUGCCGAGGGACGUCGCCCCAGGAGAGUCUCUCUUCCAUGUCCCCCAUCAGCAGCUUGCCAACCCUCUUCGACCAGACAGUGUCCUGUAGCAGCAGUGGGCAGCUGGAGAAUGUUCCUCAGGCUACUCCAAACAUCGAGCAGCUCCUGGAGAAGCAGGGCAACGGGGAAGCCGGUGUAAACAUUGUAGAAAUGCUCAAGGCCCUGCACUCGCUGCAGAAGGAGAACCAGCGGCUCCAGGAGCAGAUCAUGACUUUGACGGCCAAGAAGGAGCGUUUACAGCUCCUUAACGUCCAGCUCUCAGUCCCUUUCCCCGUAGUGACCAGCAGCAACGGCCCAGGCAGCCAGGCCCAGUACAUCCUGCCUCCCAACGUCUGCAACGAUUCCCUGAGCAUCAGCAAGAGUCCCCCGUGCAAGAACAGCUUUGGGAUCGAGAACUCGCUCUCCACUUCCUCAGAGGACCCUCAUUCAGGUUGCCCCAGCAGGAGCAGCUCCUCCCUGUCCUUCCACAGCACUCCUCCACCCCUGCCCAUGCUGCAGCAGAGUCCUGCCUCGCUACCCCUGCCCGGGGUGCAGCAGGUGAAUGGCCUGGCCAGGGUGGCAGGCAGCGGGCUGGGGGGAGGCUCCACUGCUAGCCACAGCCCCUCCACAGUGCCCAUGGUGGACGGCCUGAUGGGGACCCUGGCAGGAGGUCAGCAGAUGCCCAUCAACGGGAUCCUGGGGAGCAUGAACGGCGCUCAAGCCGCCCAGUCUCCGAGCACCCUGACGCAGGCGAGCGGGCUGCCGACCUUGCAGCUCUCCACCAGCCUGAGCAGCGUGCCCAGCCUCAGUCCCCUGACAGAGCAGCAGCGGCAUGUCCUGCACCAACACGAGCAGCAACUCCAGCAGCUCCAGCAGCUCCUGACUUCCCAGCCCCUUAAUCCGGAGCAGCAGGCCCUGGUGUUCCAGAUGAUGCAGCAAAUCCAGCAGAAGCGAGAGCUGCAGCGGUUGCAGAUGAUGAGCUCAUCCCAACUGUCCAUGACCAGCCUCCUGGCAGCCACCUCUGCCUCCCUGCACUCCAGCGCCAGUGCCCUGAUGACCUCGGCCCCUCAACCACCCCCCAGCAGCAGCUCUCUCCUGGCCUCUCUCUCCCCCCAGCAGCUCAACCCUAGCAAUGCCCUCAUGGCUCCCCAGGCCACCCCACCGCUCAGCGCUCCUGGGAACAGUCUCCUGGUUUCAGGGACAGGCAUCUCACCCAUCCUUACAGCACAGACUAACCCAUUUCUCAACCUGCAGGCCGAUGGCAACACCCCAAAAGGAAUGCUAUCAUAUGAAGCCCUGACACAUCAACUGGAUCCAAACUCCAGCCUGAAAAGACCCAAGCGGUGGAGUGAUGGGUAAGGAAGGACUGGUGCUUGGGGAGGAGGUGAAAGCCAUCUGCUUCUUUAAAGGACGUGGCCACAACUGCUCUGCCAGCUACUGUUGAUUCAGUGCUGUCCUUUUCACCUGAAAUGCACACUCCUGCUCCUUGUGCCAACUCUCUCUUUCCUUCCAAGAAUUCCAAAGGCUUAACUUGUGGAAAGGGGCUGUAGCCAGUAUUACCCGUGUCAUAGCCGACUUCAGAAGGGGUGCUUGAACCUGACAGUUGUUUCCCAGGUCCAAGCUGGGAGAUAGAAAUGUAUGUGUUGGGAAGAGAGAAUCCCAAACAAGGUACCUGUUCUUUCUUACCUACCACAAACCACUCCAGUCUGGCAAAACCACGUUCUUCCACUGGUCUUGGGCACUUCAGAAGAGGGAUCUCCAAGGAAUGGGACAAUGACUGAUCUCCUGAGCUAGGACAUCGGACCUGUGAUUGGUUUUCCACCUUUUGACCUUAACUCCAUCUUGCAGCCCGGAACCUCAGCAAAGAAAUCAACUUCCUCCAAUGGUGGAUGUGCUGGAUGGAUGGAUAGAAGGACAGGUGGGGCAGCUCUGGGGGAAGGGGGAUGCCUACGUCAAACAUACAAAUGCCCCUUUUUUCCCUCAUCCCCUGGUUAAAUCCAUAGCUCCUGGGGGCAGAUAGGAAGACUCCAGCUAAUAGAAACUCUGAGGGUCUUAAAAAAAAGGACAGAGACUUAAAAAAAAAGUUGUCAGACCUUAAUGGAUAUUUUUUCUCGGCACAUUCCCACUGUCUCUCACUAGUUUGCACUACUCAAAUUUGCAACAGUGGGUCUGGGCUGAUAGUACUAGAAAAGCUUGUUAUAGGCAAAACUCAUCUGCUAAAGAUCUUUCUUUUUAUUAAUAUUUUUUUUUAAAUUUUAUUUUAUUUCUUUUGUUUGUUUGGAAGAUUGUCACCACAAUGGUUGAAGAAGGCUAAAAGGAGAGAAAAAUACCUUUCUGAUCUCAGCCUCCAGUUCUGUGAACUGGGCAGAACACUGCUGUCUGCUCAGAAAUAGAUAUAUAUAUAUAUAAUUUUUUUAUAUAUAUAAAGAAAAACUAAUGCUUUAACAAGAUUAAGAAGCUAUUGGAAAGAUAGCAGCUAAAACUGGAAAUGCAGGAAAAAGCCUCGUAUGUCAGGGCUGAGCAGUGCCACCUUCCCUCCUGCCUGGGACCUCCAAACUCAGAUCUUUCAGUUAUGAAUGGUUUGACUCUCAUUUUGGCUCCCAGUCCCCAAAAUCCCUCUGGUACAAUUGUUUGCUUGCACUUUUUGAAAUUUCCUUUUCUCCCUCCUUCCCCAGCUGUGUUGUCCCCCUCCCCUCUGCAUGCAGAGGUGCCACCCCAGCCACCCCGGUGCAGGGACCCUCUGCU